AUGACAUCCUCGAUGGGCCUUGCAACUCUUAGAGUUGCCUCUCAAGUGCUCUGCGUUGCGUCGCCGGUAUUCCGCGUGAUGCUUGGUACCUCUUCGUCCUUCAAAGAAGCCUGUGAACUUCGGGAAAAAGCCGGUAGCUCUCUGCUCUAUCAUCUUACCCUUGAUGAGGAUUGCCCAGAGGCUAUGGGCAUUAUUCUCCUAGCUCUGCACUGCCAAAAUGACCGUGUACCCAGGAAGCUAAGUUUCGAGAAAUUACACAGCUUAGCAGUCGUAUGUGAUAAAUAUGACUGUGCCGCUGGGGUAUCGCCGUGGGUAGACAUAUGGGUAGCACCAUGGAAACGUCGUGCCGAUACCGAAGGAUAUGAGCGGUGGUUAUUUAUAGCCUGGGUCUUUGAUGUAUAUGAUGUGUUCAAGGAUCUUUCAUGGAAAUUCAUAUUCGAGGGAUAUGGCUCGACCUCUGUUCCUGGGGGUUUAGCGAUUGGGGUGGGCAUUUGUUUAGAUAUGCUUAUGUUACCAGAGCCUAUCGUGAGUGCGAUAAAGGAAAAGAGAAUAGGGUGCAUCAAAUCUAUGACUCAAGCUCUGUUUUCUUGCCGGGAACGGUACUUAAUCCCUUGGGGAUCAAAGGGCAUGUGCAAGAGGACACCAUAUGACUCAAGUUGUGAUGCACUGGUUCUUGGUAGCCUGAUGAAAGGAUGUUCAAUGGAAUCGAAAGUCUCCAGAUCGAAAUCCCCCCGUCCAAAGCGUUGUCUAGUCACAAGGAUCUAUGUGACCCUCUCCCUCAACUUUUUCGGAUUGAUCUUGGGCUGGCUACCUCGGGAGAUUGUUCCCGGCUCGGACGACAAGAAAAAUUGA